AUGAAUCGUUUCUCGAUCAUCGUUCUUUUGUGCCUUUACACUACUUUCAAAAUCGCUGAAAAUCAAACCACACCUACUUGCACGGAGAUAGGUUCUUUCGAGAUCAACGAUGGAACUUGCGAAAAUUACUAUAUUUGUGUGAAUGACGGCGUGAAUCUCAAUCCAAUAAUAUUGUCAUGCGCCAAUACUUUCAUAUUCGAUCCUGUUCAGGGUAGAUGCGCGUCUGAAAGUACAACUACGUGCCAACAAACAACGACACCAUCGACAACCACCUCAGCACCACUCUGUGUUAGAUACGGCAGAUUCCCGAUACAGGACGUGAACUGUAAGAGUUAUUAUUUGUGCUACUGGAACGGCACCAGUUAUACCAUAAUGGAUAAUCUUUCGUGCCCGAAUACUCUGGUAUUUAAUCCAACAUCAGAAAAAUGUGUAUCGCCACUGACGUUCACAUGUCCAGGGACAUAA